AUGGAAAAUAUCUCAAGAGUCUCUCAGAAACGUCAAUCGUCUCAACCAAUGACACCACCUCUACAAGUAGUAACACAACCUCUACAAACAAGACAAACCAAUGGUACUGCUGAAUCAGUACCAAUGUUCGAUAUUCUUAGAUCGACUUUGUAUCGUGAUAGAGCAACUGUAUUACCGAAACUUCCACUAGUAUUGAACGAUUUAAUUUUACCAGAAAAUUUCACCAAAAACCUUUAUAAUGAAAAAAUGUUAUUUUGCGAUCAAAAACAACCAUCACGUAUUCUGGCAUUUGCUUCAUUAACUGCUUUGAAACAUCUUGCACAAUGCAAUACGUGGAAUGCAGAUGGCACUUUCAAAACUGCUCCCAAAUUGUUUUCUCAAGCAUAUACAAUACAUGCACAUAAUGAAUUUUCAAUGAAACCAAUAGUCUUUGCAGCACUACCAGAUAAAUAUGAACAAACAUAUUUAACACUUUUACAAGCAUUGGUUGUAUAUGCACAAACAAAUGAUCUGAUUCUCUCUCCAACAUCUAUUUUGAUUGAUUUUGAAUUAGCAGCAUUCAAUGCUUUUAGAAGAAUGUUUCCAAACGCCAACAUCUUAUUUUGCCAUUUUCAUUUCGCAAAAAAUAUUAUGAAAUAUUUAAAACAAUUACAACUAAAAAAAGAAACUGUCAAACGUGAAAUCGCCAAUAUUUUAUCAUUACCUCUAUUACCAACAAAUAAAAUAAUUUCUGCAUUUUAUGAUUCAAAAGAUGUACUUCAAUCCAUGAAUCUUAAUUUUCAAAAAUUUCUUAAUUAUAUUGAAAAAACUUAUAUUAUUAAUGCACAAUUUAAUUCGUCAAAUUGGAAUCAUUAUGUAACUUUAUCUAAUAGACCAAGAACGAACAACCAGUAA